AUGCUAUCCAAUCCCGUCCAACCGCGAAAGCCAUCUCUUCCAUCUCAGGACCAGGACGAGCCCACCGCAACCGCUACACCAUCACCCAGGCAAACCAGCACCCCGGCGACCAGACACAGGCUUACUCUGAAUCCUCACCCAUCAUCACCAAGCACGAGCAUUGUCUACGACCCGGGCCGAGCCACUCGACACCCGAUCGAUUGCGGCCUCUUCCCCCGUGCCCCCGUUCCCCCGUCGCGAUACCCUGUUCCAGUGACGCCCGAGCUUUGGCCUGAACCGGGGCGGGCUCGAUCGACCACGAACCAGUCCAAGAACCACCUGGCCUCGCACACCGACGAUCGAAGCAGGCAUACAGCGCUCCCACCCCCCUCGCGAGAAGACGCUCCGGCGCUUCCCCAUGCCGACCGAUCCCAGGAUUCUCUCCCGUCUGGUACAUACAAGCAGGAUAAAAUCGGAGCAGCGUACACGUACAUGAGAUACAUGAGAUACAUGAGAUAA